GCUCUAAUCCCAACUUCCCAUCGUCUAAGAAACAACAUAUUGUCUCUUACGUGCCAAGGUCCCCCUCAAAUACCCAAUUGCAAGCAGCCUCAAAGGGUAAUUGAAAUAGAACAAAUUGGUAACAUAGUCAAGAUACUCGUACCUGCCCAUCUAUUCCCUAGAAUCGGUUUGCCCAGCUUCGUAUUGCCCAUAACGGAGGAGGCUUCUACAUGAACUGACCCACCAAACUAUUCCUCCAUCGUUUUGCUCCUUCAUCACGCACAUCUUGGGGAAUCUGAUGAACCCCAUCCACAAGUACAAGCUCUAUAUAAUCUAGGCGAUUAUCAACCGCAAUACCAAAGAGAGAGGUCCAAAGGCGACUGUCGACGACGAUGCAUUGGGUGGCCUCGCCGCCGCCGACACCCAUCGUGAUUUCGAAGGAUUGUUUUAGAGUGAAGGAAAGAGAGAGAAAGAAGAGAGAGAAUUGUCCAGAUAUUUGACGAUGUAUUCCGUGCCUUGCUAAAAAACCGAUCUUUGUUUACCAACCACACAUUGUCUAACCAAAUCCAAUCUUCCCUCGGUAUGUUCCUCAAAAAAUCCGAUUCGUGCGGAUUAUUUUCCCAACUAAGGAAGAGAUCUUGGCGGAAUUGCCACAUAUGAAAUUGAGAACAAUUUUGCAAAUAAGAGAACAUAUCACAUACUGAGUGUGCUAAAUAUUGAGAAAUUUCAAUAUAAACAUACCACAUACUCACAUACGAAUCGAGAACAUAAAUUUAGAUCGUCCAAUAUAGUCUAAAAAUGUAAAUAAAUUAGUUAAUACAAAUGAUAAAUUAAACUCGCCAGCCAACGGGCCUGGUAAAAUCUAGUAAUAAUAGGGAGAAAUCGGAACGAGUCAACGACAAAGUUAAGGAAGGAGGUAACGGCAAGACCCGAAAUCAGAAGCCGAAGAGGCCCAUCAGCAUCUAAUCCGGCCGUUGCCGUCGGCUUGACUGCUACUAUCGGGCCUUCAUUUCUAUGAAUAGAAAGCCCGAAUUUACCCAUCGAGACGAUCCGACCCGGACCCUCUAAAACGGACUCCCAAGUCCCAAGCGCAGCUGUGUUGUGUAGGUCGUUGACGUUAAUGGCGAAUUGGCGAUAGACUGAAUUUUAUUACUGAAACAGCAGAAACCCCCUACCCGGAGACGCCAGGCUUUGAGCUUUCUAUCCCAUCCCUCUCCCUCACCACCUUCUCCGCCGUGCUCCGGCAACGAGGCGCAAGAUUAUACCAUUACCCCACUAUAUGCGCAUUUAGAACUCCGCCCACCGCCCAUGGGUUCUUCUUCCACACUCUCUCUGUGCUCUCAUCCUCAGAUUGGUCCUCGGCCGUCCGCCGCUCGCAGGGCCGGUCCUCAAUUGGAAGCGGCGGCCGACGGCAGCUCGGCGUUGAGUUAUCGAGCUCAAGGAGCGCUGCUGUUGCCGUUCUCUUCGAAUGUUGCUUGUAGGAGAAGAAGAUGCUUCAGGUUCAAGAGCCUAGUUGUGAAGGCUGCUGCCUCGACGUCUGGCCGUGGCCGUAGAGUUUAUAAGCAGUCUCAAGGCGAGAGUAGCAUUGGUGGUGCUCCGGUAGAGCAGAUUGCUUCGUUUGUGGUUCCUGCCGGGGUCUUCGUCGUGGCUACCUUUGUAAUGUGGAAAUUGGUGGAGAAGUUCCUCAAGCCAAAGCCAAGAAAUCCUACAGGGGCGGAAGAUAAAGCUCCUGCCAAGGGAAUGAGUUGGUCUUUCGCUGCUGGAACAAAUUUAGUCUCAGGUUUUGCAGCCAAGGUUGACAAAGAGGCCAAGCAGAAGCUCAAUGCAUUUGCCAAAGAGUUGAGAACAUUCGGAAGCGUUGACAUGGCAGGUUGUAAUUUUGGUGAUGAAGGCCUCUUUUUUCUAGCUGAGAGUUUAGCGUACAAUAAGAAUCUAGAAGAAGUUAGUUUUGCUGCAAACGGAAUAACUGCAGAAGGAGUAAAUGCCUUCAACCAGGUCCUUCAAUCAAACAUUGUUCUGAAGACUCUGAACCUUUCUGGAAAUCCCAUUGGAGAUGAAGGAACCAAGACUCUCUGCAAUAUAUUGGCGGAUAAUACUGGUAUUGAGAAGCUCCAGCUGAAUAGUGCUGAUGUGGGUGAUGAGGGUGGACAAGCUAUUGCUGACUUGUUGAAGAAAAACUCAACCUUACGUGUGAUUGAACUUAACAACAACAUGCUUGAUUAUUCUGGGUUCACAAGUCUUGCUGGAGCAUUGAUUGAGAACAACUCUUUGCGAAGUUUGUAUCUCAAUGGCAAUUACGGUGGCGCACUGGGAGCUAAUGCUUUGGCCAAGGGAUUAGAAGGGAACAAGUCGUUGCGGGAACUUCACUUGCAAGGAAACUCCAUUGGAGAUGAAGGAGCUCGUGCUUUGAUGUCUGGGUUGUCUUCUAGUAAAGCAAAACUAACCCAUCUAGACCUUGGCAACAACUCAAUUAGCGCAAAGGGCGCCUUUUAUGUUGCUGAGUACGCCAAGAAGAGCAAAAGCUUAUUUUGGCUGAACUUGUACAUGAAUGACAUAGGGGAUGAGGGCGCUGGAAAAAUUGCCGAGGCUUUAAAGCAGAACCGGAGUAUAACAAUCAUUGAUCUGGGAGGAAAUAACAUACGGACCAAGGGGAUCACUGAAAUAGCUCAAGUCUUCAAAGAUAACUCUGUUAUCGCAACACUGGAAAUGGGUUAUAAUCCCAUUGACGCGGAUGGAGCAAAGGCAUUAUCCGACAUUCUCAAGUUUCACGGCAGUGUCAAAGCUUUGAAGCUUGGUUGGUGCAAGAUAGGCCCUAAAGGCGCAGAGCACAUUGCAGAAACUCUGAAAUACAACAAUACCAUCUCAGUGUUGGACUUGCGAGGAAAUGGACUGAGAGACGAAGGUGCAGUAUGCCUCGCUCGUAGCUUGAAGGUGGUGAAUGAAGUCCUGACAGAACUCGACCUGGGAUUCAAUGAGAUUCGAGACGAUGGAGCUUUCGCCAUUGCUCAAGCACUGAAAUCCAACGAAGACGUCAAAAUAACCUCUCUAAACCUUGCAAACAACUUCCUCACCAAAUUUGGCCAGAGCGCGCUGAGUGAUGCAAGAGACCAUGUGUUUGAGAUGAACGAGAAGGAAGUGAACAUUGUAUUCUAAACCCCUCUAUGUGAGGGGGAAGGCGACAGUUGAAUUACUAGAGACAGCACACAGGAAGGAAGGACCAUUCUUUUCUGUACUUUCUGUCAUUGUGGAAUGGAUCAAGACUUCCUUCCAUAACAACGUUCAUGAAAAAGCUAGGGAGGCGGGACAGGGGAGUGAAUGGUGAAGGAUUUUGAUACGCGGAAUUUUGUCAGUUGAAUGAGGCUACCUUUGGUUUUGUUGACUGUAAGAAAAACUUUGAGAAAGGAGACUGGGCGGGGUGGGUAUAAUCUUUAUAGCAAUGUUGUUAGAACCAAACCGGGGUCAUCGAACGGCUCGCACUUUAGCGGUCCAACCGGCAUUAGACCGUUUAAAAACCGUAAAAGACUCGGUAUCUAAUAAACGUUAUCAGUAUAAAUAGUGGACAUUUCUUAAUCAGAGCUCAUUUCUUUCCUUCGAAAUUGUGAAAUGGAAAUAAGGAUUCAAUUUGAGAGCCCGACGUUUUUGGUUUAUUUUAAUUUUCAAUUUUCUACAAUUUUUUUAAUUAAAUUUAGUGGCUGAAUGGAAAAACCGGACGAGCGGCUCGAACGGUUAACCGCCUCGGCCGCUUGCCAACCGCUAUAUAAAACCGGAGCGGCUUUUAGAGUCUUCCGAACCGAUUUUGUGAUCGGGUGACGGUUUUACCGGUCGGGCCGAGCGGCUCGGCUCGGCUUUAAUAUCACUAGACUAGUUGUCGAGCAGGCUUACUGAGAACCUGCAUCAGGGUUAGUUGUCUUGAUUAUGAAGGAUGAGUCACGUACCGACGUGGCGGUACAAGGGGCUGUUUGCUGUGUUGGCAUUAUUAGGGUUUUUAUACCAUCUGAUAAGUUGGAUGCUCUCGUCUUACAGAAGAAGAAAAGUCUUUUGAUUAUUCAGUCGUCGUGUCGUCCUGCCCACAGACGGUGGUAAAGGUAAUGCCAGACAGCAUCUACUACUGCUACAGCUGGUGGUGGUGGCUGGAAGCCAUUUGUAACGAAAUCGUCCUCUUCCUCCCAUCUCUGGCGUUUCAAUCCUUACGGCACCAUGUCCAUGGCUUCUUGCCAUUUACUCUUGGCAUGUGAAGGCCAUCAGUCUUACAUUUCGCCGAUUGGUGAGCACUCUUUCACCAAGAUGGUGCAAGAGCAAAUUAACCGCGGGUGCUUUCUUCAUUAAUGAACAACAACAGUGACCCAUGGGGUUGAAAAAAUGAAAACCCAGAGGUCCA